AAAGUAUUUCUGCUGCAGGUAAUUUAGGUGAAGCAGAUGUUUCUCUCACAUCAUACGAUUACAACGAUCCGGACCGUGAUUGAAACACGAAUAAAAAAAAAAAAAGCGGAGAAUAAAUGAAGCUCACUCUUACCUUCUCUACCCCAGCCAUAUAGUAGAAGAGUCUGCCCAUGGCAGUGACUCUUAGAGUGCCGCACGUCAGUGCAAAGCGAGUGUAAGUUGGGUAUAGGAGCUGACGAUCAUGUAAAUUGCAGUUAUGACUUAGUGCGCUUAUGUCACGUUAGUUCGUGGCGAAAAUUUGGAGGUUAUGGCCCGGUUUGUCGUCCACGUGCUCUUAUUUGGAACGGUAAUUGUUACUGCUAGCGAAUUAUCGCCCUGUCCGUCUGAAUGUGAUUGUCAGGGGUUUAUUGUAGACUGUAACAACCGAGGAUUGAAGUUUGUGCCUCGUUAUCUACCAGAAGAUGCGAGGAGAAUAAAUUUGGAAGGAAACAACAUAACAGUUAUAAAAGAAAAUGACUUUCAGGGAUUGAAACACUUACAAAUAUUGCAAUUAAUGGAUAAUCAAAUCCACACAAUAGAAAGGGUUGCAUUUCAAGAUCUGAUAGCUAUGGAAAGACUGAGGAUAAAUAAUAAUCAUCUUCGUACUUUACCUGAUAUGUUGUUUUCAAGUAUGCCAAAUCUUCUUCGCUUAGAUUUAAGUAAUAAUAAAUUAACGAUAAUUGGAAGAAAGACCUUAAGAGGAGCACCAAGAUUAAAAAAUUUGCAAAUGGAUAAUAAUGAAAUUACAUGCGUCGAUGAUGCUGCUUUAAGAGGUUUGAAGGAUAUGGAAAUUUUAACUUUGAAUAAAAAUAACUUAACAACUCUUGGAAGAGAUUUAUUUGAAAAUAUGAAGAAAUUACGAGUUUUGAGAUUAUCGGAUAAUCCACUUACUUGUGAUUGCCGUCUUGCGUGGUUAGCAGGAUGGUUAAGGAGGAAUCCUCGUUUAGGGCUCUUUUCUAAAUGUAUGAUGCCUUUUUACUUAAGGAGUAAAGCUGUAGCGGAAUUACACGAAGUCGAUUUUGUGUGUAAUGGAGUGGAGGAAGCACCAGCAGGAUGUAAUCGAGAACCAUUAUGCCCUCAUCCCUGUAAAUGUUACGACGGUGUCGUCGACUGUAGAGAUAAAGGACUGCUUCGAAUACCCGAUCACAUACCCGAUUCUGCUACAGAAUUGAGAUUGGAACAAAAUAAAAUUAGUGAAGUCACAUCAAAAGCAUUCUCUUCAUACAAACAAUUGAAAAGAAUUGAUCUUAGUAACAAUGCUAUUACAAAAAUAUCCGGUGAUGCUUUUAGUGGUUUGAAGUCGAUAACAUCUCUUGUUUUAUAUGGAAAUAAAAUCACUGAUCUGCCUCAAGGAAUUUUCAAAGGAUUGACUUCUUUACAGCUUCUGUUAUUAAAUGCUAAUAAAAUUUCCUGUAUCAGAAAAGAUACUUUUGCUGAUUUGCAUAAUCUUAAUCUUCUUUCUUUGUACGAUAAUAAUAUUCAGUCAUUAGCAAAUGGAACAUUCGAUUCUCUUCAUAAUAUUCAAACAUUGCAUCUCGCUCGAAAUCCUUUCAUCUGCGAUUGCAAUCUUCGAUGGUUGGCUGAAUAUCUCCAUAUUAAUCCUAUCGAGACGAGUGGAGCACGUUGCGAAGCUCCCAAGAGGAUGCACAGGAAGCGUAUCAACCAAAUGAAGGACACCAAAUUUAAAUGUAAAGGUCGUGCCUCUAUUUUUUUUGUUCUUCCUUUUACAAGUAAUUUAUUAGCCAAUCCAUUAAAGUGUAACUGUCACUUGAGGUGGCUUUCGGAUUGGUUAAAAAAGAAGAAUGUAGUGACAGGUAACCCCAGAUGUCAAGCACCAACUUCGUUGAAAGACAUUCCAAUACAAGAUGUGGAAAUGAAAGAUUUUAAAUGCACCGAUUACGAACGUGUAAAUGGGUGUGGUUAUGAAAAAUCAUGUCCCAUGGGAUGCACAUGCACAGCUACUGUAGUGCACUGCAGCCGUCAAAAAUUGAAAGCUGUGCCUCCAAUUAUUCCCAUGUCGACAACAGAAUUAUAUUUAGAUGUAAAUGACAUCCCUGUCAUUCCUACUACAUUAAAUGCAGCUAUAAAUAUCCAACGAUUGGAUAUGAGCAACAAUCAAGUUUCUAUUAUUCCAAAUACACUUGAAAAAUAUCUAUGCGGUGAAGAUUAUCGAACGAAAUUAGCGGGUCAAUGUAUUUUGGAUACAGAAUGCCCAGACAAUUGUUACUGCGAAGGGACUAUAGUGGAUUGCUCAAAAAAACAUUUGAAGGACAUCCCUACAAAAAUCCCUAUGUUUACUACUGAACUCCGUUUGAAUGAUAACAUGAUUUCUAAAGUUAAGAAUUCGGGCUUAUUUAAGCACUUGACACAUCUCAAGAGACUAUCAUUGCAAGGAAAUGAUAUAUCCAUGAUACCAGAUGGUACAUUUCGUGAAUUAGUGUCCAUUACUCACAUUGCCUUGGGUGCUAAUCCUCUGUAUUGUGAUUGUAACCUUCGAUGGUUGUCAGAAUGGAUUAAAGAAGAUUAUAUCGAACCGGGAAUAGCCAGAUGUGCAGAACCACGCUCCAUGAAAGACAAACUGGUGCUUACAGCCUCUACAAAUAAUUUUAUCUGUACAGAACCACCGGAAGCGGAUGUACUAGCGAAGUGCGAUGCCUGUUAUACAUUUCCUUGUCAACAUGGCUCCACUUGUCUGUCUCUUCCAUUAAGAAAUUAUAAGUGCGAAUGUUCUCCCGGUUAUCACGGUCAACAUUGCGAAUAUCUGAUCGACGCCUGUUAUGGAAAUCCAUGCGAAAAUUCCGGAACUUGCAAAGUGCUGGAAGCGGGACGUUUCAGCUGUCAUUGCCCCGCUGGGUUUGAAGGAGACAGAUGCGAAACUAAUAUCGACGAUUGUAUUGCUAACAAGUGUGAAAAUAAUGCCACUUGUGUCGAUUUGAUCGAAGGUUAUGAAUGUUUAUGUGCACCUGGUUACACAGGCAAUUAUUGUGAGAAAAAGAUCAAUUUCUGUUCAAAAGAAUUUUCGCCGUGUAAAAAUGGUGCCACUUGUGUCAAUUACGAAACUCAUUACAGUUGUUCUUGUCCUGUUGGAUUCCUUGGUGAAAAUUGUACUGUGAAUAUAGAUGACUGUGUAGAAAACAUGUGCCAAAAUGGUGCAACAUGUGUGGAUAGUGUAAAUAGCUACAAAUGUUUGUGCCCAGAUGGUUACGCUGGUACUUAUUGCGAGCUUACUCCAAUGGUGAGCAUGUUGUAUCCCCAGACUAGUCCAUGCCAGCAGCAUGAUUGCAAACAUGGUGUUUGCUUUCAACCGAGUGGUUCCUCUGAUUACAUUUGCAAAUGUUCACCCGGUUUCACAGGUAAACGUUGCGAAUCACUCUCGAGUGUCAGUUUUCGUGAAGACUCUUAUUUAAUAUUUGAUCCUCUCUACACGAAACCUGAAGUUAAUUUAACUAUAACUUUUGCAACAAAGCAGAACUAUGGUGUGAUGGUUUAUAAUGGUGAAUCGCAGCAUUUAGCUGUUGAAUUGUUUCGUGGAAGGAUAAGAAUUAGUUACGAUGUCGGUAAUUAUCCUGUUUCCACUAUGUUCAGUUACGAAACUGUUUCUGAUGGCGAAUAUCACACUGUUGAGUUGUUAGCAAGGAAGAAAAAUUUUACUAUGAGAGUUGAUAAAGGCAUGUCUAGGACGAUAGUUAAUGAAGGUGCGAGGGAAUAUUUAGAGGUGUCCACAUCUCUAUAUAUAGGGGGAUUAGAGGAAGAUGUUGCUAUUAAAGCUUUGAGACAAUGGCAUCUUCGAAAUGUUUCCAGUUUUGAAGGUUGCAUGAAGGAAUUAUACCUGAAUGGAAAGCCUCUUGAUAUCGUAGUUGCUAGAAAACAGCAAAGAGUAACCCCUGGUUGCCCUGAAUACGAUGAUCCAAAACCGUGCGAAGAUCAUAAAUGUAAAAAAGGAAAAUGUAUCCCAUUGGAUAGAGACAGUUACGAGUGCGAAUGUCGGAAGGGUUGGAGCGGUACAUAUUGCGAUCAAGCUCCAACGUGUCAGAAGGAACAAUAUAGAGAAUACUUUGAAGAAAACGGUUGCAGAUCAAACAAGAUGAUCAAAAUGGCGCAUUGUUCUGGUACGUGUGGUGAUCAAUGUUGUAAACCUCAAAGAAUAAAGCGCAGAAGUCUGCGUAUGGUGUGUCCGAAUGGCAGUCGUUACGCGACACAAGUUGAUGUGAUUCGAAAAUGCAAAUGUGUUCAAAAGUGUUGAAGUGUUGCCUACUUCAAAACAAAAAAUUAAAAAAAAAAACUUUAUUUAAGUGGUUAUUACUGGCAAUUUUAGUUGUUGAACUGCUUUGUUCGUAUUUUCGUUGCUGUGCACCAUUUAAGAAAAUGUGUAUACAGUAAUUUCUCAUAUCGGAAACGAACUGUUUUCUUUAUUUUAUGUGGCCAAAGUAAAUAAAUAAAUACACUUCGAAGGCCCUUUUGAAGAAAACAAAAACUAACCAUAUUUUGUGUGCUCUGUUUAUAAAAGAGCAACAAUUGUGCACCAUUUGUCUCAGGUAAAAUAGAGCAUUUUUUAAUUUUUCAGUCUUUUUUUUUUUAAUUGUUCUUUAGAAAAUAGAAAUCCCUGUUGAUAGAUAUUAGAGAAAAAAUAUAUUUCCUCGUAUAUAUUUCCACAUUCCUGUCAGGUAUUAGUCCUGUCGAGUAGAAUUAGUGAAACUAUUAAAAUAAUAAUUGAAAAAAAAAAUUCCACUGUCCAUGAAUUUUAAACCCGAUUUUUAAAUUUAAUUUCCAGAGAAUUUGGCCAUGUUUGAUUUUAACUGAACAAGUACAAAAAUAGUACAAAGAUAGAUAAAUAUAAAUCUUGGACCAAAAUGAUUUUGGUACCAUACACACAACAUAUACACAUCGAUGUUCUUUUUGUAAGUCGUGUUUUGGUCCAAGAUUUAAAAAGGGGAAAAAAUUUUGUUUCUGUUCGAAAUAAAAUAAAAUAAAAUAAAUUUUUGUGCAAGUUUAUAUAUGUAAAAUAUAAACAGAAAUAUAU